UAACAGAACAAGAAUAAAAACUGCCGCCUUACGUUAUAAAUGUAGUAGUAAUUUAUCUAUAUGGGAAUGAUUUGCUCUACCGAAGCUUCGACUUCUGUUCGUGUGGUUGGAUGUUUAUCCCGAUUAUUUGAUAUAUACGGUAUACUCGGAGAUGUGUCCGCUAAGGCGAUUGAUGAUGAUAGCAAAAUUGCAGAUGUUUAUUUUUAGUCUUUUGUGCUCAAAACGAGGCGUCUUACUGUAACUAUAGGGUACAUUUAUAUAUAUUCAGACAAUGGAAAAAUGAUAUUCUAUAUCGUAAUUAGCUUAUUAUCGUAAUUAUAUAUUAGAUGUUAUUUCUAUUCUAUUUGUCCUUUAUCAUUCGACUAGAUAUACCGCUUAAAAGUUUAUUUUAAUCCCCACAUUCAAAGCAUCAAUUUCCCCGUUUACCCCAUUUAAAGACGAAAAAAUGAAUCAACGUACGAUUUGGAUUUUAUUUGUAGUUAUGCUGACGAAUAUGUUCAGACAAAUAUCAGGUUUCUGUACUAAUUCAUCAUGUAGGAGUCGAAAUCCAUUUAGCUCAAGUACAUACUGUUGUCGUGAUGGGUAUUGUUGUUCAUAUACACGAUACAGAAAUGAUUUUUCGUACACCUACAACCGUUGGGGAGCAGGAUCAAUCAUUGGUACUAUUGUAGGAAACAUAUUCUUUAUGCUAGUAUGUGUUGUCGUAUGCUGGUACUGUUGCUACCGGAGUAAACGAGGUCAACGUCAAGCAUCUUCUGGACGUGUCAUAGUGACGCAACCGGUACCUACCAUUCAGCCAGGUCACCAAGGUUUACCGCCUUUGCAAAUGCCACAGCCCUACCCGACUAAUCAACCUAUGUAUCCACCGAGCGCAUAUCAAGAAACACAAUUUAUGCCAGUUCCAAGUGCUGCUCCACCCUCAUAUGUUGCAGCCACUCAAGGACAGUAUGCUCCUUAUCCAAUUAAAUGAGAGCGAUACAUCAAAUUUAAAUAUUAAGACUGAAUUUAUAGUAGUGCGAUUAUCGCAUUUCACUAUCAAUGUUAACGUAGGUACACUGAAAUUAUAAUGCAAUGGAAAGACUUGUAAA